AUGACAGCUCUUCACUGGGCUUCUUUCCAUAACCGACCGGAGCAUGUGCAGGCCCUGCUGCAGAAAGGAGCCGACCCCACGCUUGUGGACAAAGACUUCAAAACAGCUCUACACUGGGCUGUGCAGAGCGGCAGCCGGUUAAUGUGUUCUCUCAUUCUUGACCAUCAUCUGGGCGCGUCUGUGAUCAAUUACGAUGAUGAGAACGGGAAGACCUGCGUUCACAUUGCCGCUGCUGCGGGUUUCAGCGACAUCAUCUAUGAACAUCUAUCUCGCGUUCCUGAGACCAACCUGCAAGCUUUAGAUGUGGAUGAACGGACCCCUCUUCAUUGGGCUGCUGCAGCAGGGAAGGAUGACUGUGUGCAGGUAUUGUUGGAGCUGGGAGUGGAGCCCAACCCUAGAGAUAUUAAUGAGAAUACGCCACUCACAUACGCCAUGUCUGAGUCAAGCAGGCCAUUGCAUGCUCAAAACAGUGACUCUUCUAUACGCAAGGAGGGGAAAUUUCGCAUGCUGAACCACAUCUUCUGUAAGAAGAAGAAAGAACUGCAUCCUUCUCAGCAGACAGACUUGAGUCAAGAAUGUCAGCUCAAAGAAGAGACGUCUGAGGUGGAUGACAUCAUUACUAUGUUCGAAUGUGUCACUGAGCCCAGAGAUGAGAGCGAAACCAGCUCUGCUGUCAGAAAACGAAAUAAUGACUCUGAGAAAGUCCACCUCGCUGAGGACACAUCCAGUAAGGACCUCCAAAGUCUCCCACCCAUACGCACACAGAGUCUUCCUCCAAUCACUCUCGGGAAGUCCCUGCUGGUAAACUCUCAGACAUUGGCCCACAGGACCAGCGGAGGUCAUGUGGCAGGACAUUUAGCGCACAGGUCGCAGAAGAGCAAGAGCGAGCAUGACCUGUUUGAUGGCAAAAGUAAGGACCAAAAAGCUCCUGGACAGGCGUGGAAGACUGAACCCAGUCAGAUACUGACUCACAAAGCAUGGAUCUCAACUCCAUCUGAACGGCUGCUCGACAAUCUGCUGCAUGGAUCCACAAGUCCUUUAGACGUGCUGUGCUCAAAUCACACGCCAUACAUACAGAGAAAUUACCAAGCUCAGAAUCAUCUUUUACCUCUGAGGGUGAGAGAAUCUGCUCUCACACGUAACAGUCUUGCUCCCAUCCGUGACCACUGCACUCACAGAUUUUCAUUGCCACCCGACCAGGUCUCUCAGGGAGUGAAGAAGUCGAAAUCCUCUUUAGGAGCGGGCCUGGCUGUUCUUCCACCUCCAUAUGCAUCCAAACUGCACCGAGCCGGCAUUCCCCAAAGCCAGUCGCUCGGCUCCUUCCCUACGCCACUGACAGGAGAAUCUUUACGAAACAUUCAAGUUCUUCCUGCCAUUCCUCCGCAGAGAAAACGCAGCCCAUCCCAACCCCGAAUCACUCUGACAGUACAAACCGAUUGCCUAAAAUAAGAGACAAAUUUA